AUGUUGUGAUCCACCAAAAACUGUCAGAAUUCCUGUAAGGAGUAUUGUCAAUACCAUAAAAGGCAAAUUUGAACUUGCUGAAGGAUAGAUUACCACUCUCAAUGCAGAGUAUUGCAGAUCCCCAAUGAAAAAGAAUUGAGAUAUCAAGUUGCAAGUCUUAGAAUUCUUAUCAACUCGACCAAAAAAUCCUUCCACAAAUUCGGUCUUGACUCCAUCUGCCCUGACUUCACUGUAUGAAUCCUGACCGUACAGAAAGAGUUUGCCAAGCUAUCCAGCCAAGUCUGAACGGCUAUUGCUAAGAGGGAUUAUAAGGAGUACGGAAAUUACAGUGCCAGGCUUACUGAAUUUAGAGCGUGUUUUUGCUCUGAUUCGAGGAUUUCGUAUGUGAUGGCUGAGUCGUUUCAGAGAUCAGCACUUGAAAAUAUGCCGGAGAUGGUAGGAUCGUUAAGGGAUUGUGCUGGGGGAGAAGGGAAGGAGGAUAGAGGGGAUCUUGGAUGGAGUGAAGGGAAUGAGGAGAGAGAAGAAGAUAAGGAGGGUUAUGUGUCCCGAGGUUAUGGUGGAGACGGUGAGAGUCAAGAUAAGGUGUGAAGUGUAGAAGAGACACCGGAGUUCGACCAUUUUGUACAGAAGUACUUCCCUGAUGUUGGAUGGUUGGAUAGGUUAGUGGAUUUUACAUUUUGGAUGACGGAUAAGACUCAUUUUCACUUCAUCCAAGAAUGUAUUGAUAAUAAAGUCAUUCUAGCAAGAUUUCCAAAAGUAAGAUUUGUUAUUGAUUUUGAUUGAUGCCCUCUCUUGAAAGAAUACAUUGAAGUAUGUGUCCCCGAAGAAUUCUGUAAUGAGCUAGUAUUCGAGUCUAACUCCACAGAUAUUCAACUCCAAUAUAGUAGCUUCUCUGACUCAGUAGAGAAGAUUCUUGAGAAUCCUCCAAAGAUUAUUAUAUUCAAAGAAAUUAGUUUUACUCAUAAUGAGCUUCGAUCAUUCCAAGAGAAGAGUGAUUCUUCAGGACUGAAACUGAGACUUGAAAAUUGAAGAAUUGUAAUGAGCGGAGAAUAUCUUGGCCACAGGAUCACUGAUGAAGAAAAAAGAAAUACUGAUUAGAUACAGUCAGUCACUCUACUAUCCGAUAAUUUAUUCAAUAUCUAUAA